AUGCAUGUUUACACUGAGUUUGAAGUAACAAAUGUGCAUACAUAUUUCUAUUCCCCUGCAAAAAGUAGGAUUGCUGAAGUUGUUGAUGGACUGGAUGGUGUUGAGAUCAUUAGGAAAAAUCCAAGGAUGAUGUUAGGCUGGCAUCCCUUAGCAAAUGAUUUAGGUGAGAAUAAUGCUAACAAUGCGGGUGAUAAUGUAGAUGAAGGUGUUAUUGAUAACAAUGCGGGUGAUAAUGUAGAUGAAGGUGUUAUUGAUAACAAUGUGAAUGAUAAUGUAGAUGAAGGUGUUAUUGAUAACAAUGUGAAUGAUAAUGUAGAUGAAGGUGUUAUUGAUAACAAUGUGAAUGAUAAUGUAGAUGAAGGUGCAGAUUUCAUGAGUGACUUUGAUCCCUUCUUUGGUCUAAAUGACAACAUGGUUAAUAAUGAACACCAAAACAAUGCCAAGGCUAGUGUUAGGCAUGAUGUAGUUGAUAGUUCAGAUGAAGAAACUUGUGCAGAAAAUGAAGAUGAAGAUGAUGACAGUGAUUUUCUAGGCGAUGACACAGCUAGGGAGGAUGUAGAGGUAGAUAUGAGGGAUUUUAGACUAAACAUUGAUGAGGGGAUUGAUGAGAAUAAUGAUGCAGUUGGUGGUUCAAUUGAUGAAGAUGUUUUAAAUGAUGAUAUAUUAGAAAGUGGAAGUGAGUCUGAUUUGGAUGAGUCUAGUGCUAGGAAGAAAAUGCUUAAGGGUUUAAGGAAUGCCAAUGAGAAAAAGAGCAAUUUCUACCUAGGACAGAUUUUUGGAAACAAGGUAGAAGCCAAAGAACUAAUCAAGCAGCAUGCUGUGGAAACUAAGAGGGAACUUAGGAUUGUUAAGGAUGAUAGUAAAAGACUAAGGGCUGUUUGUAGGGGUCAGUUACCAAAUUUCCAAGUUGAUGCACAUGGUAUCCAUAGUCAUUCUGAUAAGGGUAAAACAUUUCCAACUAAACAUAGACGAAACCAACUAAACAUAGACGAAACCAACUAA